AUGGGCAAUUUAAAAAAUAGAGACUUUGACAGCAUCACGUCUUUCCUUGGAUCUUGGGGACCUUUUCAGCUAAGGAUUUUUUUAGCACUGGCAGUCAGCAUCCUCCCGAAUGGUUUUAUUGGCAUCUACAUAGUAUUUGUAGGUGAUACUCCACCUCAUGAGUGCUAUAUCCCUGAAAACUAUAGCAUCAGUGAGACGUGGAGAAAUGUGACAAUUCCGUCGGAAUCAGUUGAUGGCAUUACAAAGCGCAGCUCCUGCACAAGGCUUAACCUGGAAAUUGUCAGGAACUACUCUGAAAAUGAAAUCAUCCCAUAUGUGGAUGUGAAUGUGAGUGAAAUUCCUUUGGAGAGUUGUCUGGAUGGAUGGACAUACAGCAAAGCAAUCUACCAGUCAACCAUUGUCACUGAGUGGGACUUGGUAUGUGAGAAUGGGUACAAGAGUCCGCUCACCACCUCUAUCCAUUACAUUGGUGUGCUACUGGGAGCAUUUUUCUCAGGCCAGAUGUCUGACAGGUAUGGAAGGAAGCCAGCACUCUUUAUCAUGAUGGUUCUUCAAACUGUGGCAAUCACAGCACAGAUAUUCUCUCCAAGCUGGGAAAUCUUCACCUUAAUUUUCUUCUUUGCGGGUGCUGGGGGAUUCUCCAACUAUAUCAUUGCAUUUGUGCUGGGUACAGAAAUUCUAAGCCCAAAAGCCCGAGUGGUCUUCUGCUCGCUUGGGGUUUUUAUGGCUUCAGCUGUGGGGUACAUGGUAAUGCCUGCAGUGGCCUACUUCCUCCGUGAUUGGCGGAUGCUGCUGAUUCCCAUGGCAGCCUGUGGCCUGAUCUACAUCCCACUGUGGUGGUUAAUCCCAGAGUCUCCUCGCUGGCUGCUUGCUCGGGGACGUGUCAAGGAGGCUGAGGCCAUACUGAGAAAUGCUGCCAAGGAAAAUAACAUAGAGCCUCCAGAGCCCAUUUUUACACAAGCUGAGGUUGAAGAUGCAUUGGCUGCUAAAGAUAAGAAAUACAACAUUUUGGUCAUCCUGCGCAGCUGCAAUAUCUUCUGUAUUACGUUACUGUGUUCAAUUCUGUGGAUCGUCAUCACCAUCAGUUACUAUGCUUUGAUCCUCAACACUUCAAACCUGCAUGGAGAUCCUUACUUCAACUGCUUCCUUUCUGCUUUGACUGAGGUGCCGGCUUACAUAAUUGCCUUGUUACUGCUCCAGCACUGCUCCAGGCACUUCUGCCAGUGCUCUUCACUCUUCUUCGGAGGCGUUAUGAUCCUCUGUGUUCACCUCAUUCCAAUAGAUUUACCAGGUGUGGCUGUGUUUCUUGAGAUGCUGGGGAAGUUUGGCAUCACAUCUGCAUUUUGUGUGGUGUAUGCCGUCACAUCCGAGCUCUUCCCAACGGUUAUUAGAAAUUCAGCAAUGGGGUGUUGCUCCAUGGCUGCUCGUAUUGGAACCAUCAUCUCCCCCUUUAUCCUUUACCUAGGACAAUACAUCAAGGAUCUUCCAUACAUGCUGAUGGGUGGUUUAGCCAUUGGCGGUGCCCUCUCAUGUCUCCUGCUGCCAGAAACUUUUGGGAACCCCUUGCCAGAGACCAUGUCACAAAUGCCACAGAUUUGCAGGAAAAGAGGAAAAAAAGCUAAGGAAGCUGAAAAUGAGGAGAGCACGGCUGAAUAUCAGAGUAAAGAAUCCAAGUUGUAAUUAGUUUUUAGUUGUUUGAUGAUCACAGACUAUAACAAGACUUCAAGUGACUUUUUUUUUUCUCUGAAGCUGUUCGGUUCUACAUAUGUUUUUUUUUUGGAAAAAUGAUAGAUCGUUACUGUAUUUGUAACUUACUUAACUUAUUGUAAAGCAUGUUGUAAAUCAUUUUUUAUCAAUGUAUCAAUAAAUCAAUCUCUAACUGCAUACCCUGUGCCAUGAUACAGAAAAUAGGAGACUCAGCAUGUUUUUAAUUGUAUUGUGUGUCUUUGUAUUUUUCAACUCAGGGACUUAAG